GUUAAGGGUUGGGUUGCGCUGGCCGCCCUCCUCGGCCGAGGCAGCGAUUUUCAAUUUCGAAUGAGACGCAGGGAAGGCGGUGGCGGUGCAGGCAGCGAGGAGGCGGCGUAGGAAGGAGGAGGAGGCGAAGUGCGGGGUUAAAGAGCCGCCGGGAAGUAUAUCCUGUAACCAUGACAACUGAAGGUGGUUCAGAAACAGAAGUAAAGGAAUCAGAAAAGCUGGAAACAAAAACAGCAAAAGAAAAUGCUGGAGAUGCACCAGAAAGUGAAAAAGAACAGACAUCUGAGACAGAAGGAGCUUCUCCUACACCCCAGGCUCCAGUUGGCCAAACUAAUCCUAGUAGCUCAGGAGGAAAAGGUAUUUCUCGUUUCAUCCCCCCUUGGCUUAAGAAACAAAAAUCAUACAGAUUGGCAGAACCCAAAGACGAAACCAAGAAAAAAGAGGCACCAGCAUCCGAAGAAGAGACAGUAGCAGAGGAGGGUGAGAGUCGUCUUACAGAAGAGUCAGCGCAGGCAAAGGGAAAACAGGAGGACAUUGCUAAGAAUUUGCAGGAGGCUAAAGUAGAUGACAAAGAAGAAGAAGAGCAUGCUGUUGCUGAGAAACAGCCUACCAAAGACGACCGUAAGGUGAUUGUUUCUGAGGUGGAAGAAAAGCAAGAUGAAGAGGAAAGGAAAAGGGAGACCAAAGAAGUACAGACAAGUGAAAUCAAAACUGAGAAAGCUCUUCAAAAACCACCUAAGAGGAUCAGGACUGUACAAUGUAAAGUUGUGCUCUUGGAUGGUACUGAAUAUACCUGCGAUCUUGAGAAAAAAGCUAAAGGCCAGGUGCUUUUUGACAAGGUGUGUGAACAUCUUAACUUACUGGAAAAAGACUACUUUGGCUUAUUGUUUCAAGACCAUGCAGAUCAGAAGAAUUGGCUUGAUCCUUCAAAGGAAAUCAAGAGGCAAAUUCGCAUUGUAGAUUUGCCCUGGCUAUUUACCUUUAAUGUGAAGUUUUACCCACCUGAUCCUUCACUGUUAACUGAAGACAUCACCAGAUACUUCCUGUGUUUGCAACUUCGCCAAGAUAUUGCUUCUGGACGGCUACCAUGUUCUUUUGUGACUCAUGCACUCCUUGGUUCAUAUACACUACAAGCUGAAUUAGGUGACUAUGAUCCAGAAGAACACAACAAUGAUUACAUAGGGGAAUUUCAGUUUGCACCCAACCAAACAAAAGAAAUGGAGGAAAAAGUAGUCGAGUUACACAAAACACACAGAGGGUUGACACCGGCACAGGCUGAUUCUCAGUUUUUAGAAAAUGCCAAGAGGCUUUCCAUGUAUGGAGUGGAUUUACAUCCUGCUAAGGAUUCUGAAGGUGUGGACAUCAUGCUGGGAGUAUGUGCCAAUGGCUUGCUUAUUUACAAGGACAGGCUCCGAAUCAACCGUUUUGCCUGGCCCAAAAUUUUGAAGAUUUCUUAUAAACGCAGUAACUUCUAUAUUAAAGUCAGACCAACUGAGUUGGAACAGUUCGAGAGUACUAUUGGGUUUAAACUGCCAAACCACCGAGCUGCAAAGAGAUUAUGGAAGGUUUGUGUGGAGCAUCAUACCUUUUAUAGACUUGUAUCACCAGAGCAGCCUGCAAAAGCCAAAUUCUUGACAUUGGGUUCCAAAUUCCGCUAUAGUGGCCGUACUCAAGCACAGACAAGGCAAGCUAGCAAUCUCAUAGACAGGCCUGCUCCAUAUUUUGAAAGGACCUCAAGCAAACGCGUUUCCAGGAGUCUUGAUGGUGCUCCAUUAAGUGUCACUGACCAGAGCUUGCUGAAGGACAUUCCAGCUACAGUAGUGGUAUCUCCUGGUGAUAGGAUCUUUGAAGCUGCUGAACAGUCCAGACUAAAAGACGGGGAAGAUAGAGAUGUCGAUGGAGGCAUAGCUAAAAUGCCACAAUUAGAAGGUGGAAAGAUGUAUUCCUUGAGAGUAGAUGGGGAAAAUAUUUAUGUCAGACAUAGCAAUUUAAUGUUGGAGGACCUGGAUAAGACCCAGGAUGAAUUACUGAAGCAUCAGGCUAGCAUUAGUGAACUCAAGCGCAAUUUUAUGGAAUCUACUCCUGAGCCACGCCCCAGUGAGUGGGAAAAACGCCGUAUCACACCUCUGUCUCUACAGACACAAGGGAGCCUAGAAGAGGAGAUAGCAUCCAUUUUAUUUAAUAAAGAGGGGUUUCCCACUAGCAUGACAUCUGCCUUCACUUCAGCUACCUCGUGGACAGCAGAGGGCACUGUUGUGAAACAUAAUGUAUCUUCUGAAAAGCUUUCUGCGUCGCCCUUCUCUCAGCUGCCUGAGAAAUUUACUCCCCAAACAGAAGAGCUCUCCAUUGGAACCAGCAAGGCUAUUAAGAGUUCGCAUGAGACUCUGAACGUAGUGGAGAAGAAGCAGGCAGAGGUUGGGAUAGAAGAGACACUAGUCACAGAUGAUAUCAACAGGGGCAAAAUACAAGUUGUCUUUGGUGGUGGGGAAAUUCAGAAGAAGGAGCAUCUAUCAAAAAAAGACUCUUCAUCAUUGUCAUCAAAUAGCAGCAGUAGUGAGAGUGAAGAUGAAUCAGGAGAAUACCGGCCACACCAACGGAUGACGCAAGAUACUAUAAAAGAAGAACUAGAAGAAAAUGAAGCUUUCAGAGAAGAAGAGGAGAAGCACAAGACAGAGGGAGAAACGUGUGUGGAAAUCUCACAAGAAAUCUGCCCAGUUAAAGUAACAGUUGAGCCUAUACAAGUGAGAGAAGCUUUGAUUCAGGCAAAUGAAGUAUCCUCAAAGACUUCGGGAGAGACAUACCUACCAAAAUUGGAUGAGAAAGGCCAGAUAGAAGAAAACAAGGAAGAGCAGCUCAAAGUAAAUGGAGAGGCAUCGCAUAUUGACAUCGAUGUUUCACCACAGAUAAUUUGUUGCUCUGAGCCUCCAGUGGUUAAAACUGAGAUGGUGACCAUUUCAGAUGCUUCACAGAGAACUGAAAUAUCCACCAAGGAAGUACCAAUUGUUCAGACAGAGACUAAAACUAUUACAUAUGAAUCUCCCCAGUUUGAUGGCAGUGGUGAUGCUGGUGUAUUGUUAAGUGCACAGACAAUCACUUCAGAAUCUGUUUCUACAACCACAACUACACACAUUACCAAGACAAUAAAAGGUGGUGUGUCAGAAACCAGAAUUGAAAAACGGAUUGUUAUUACUGGAGAUGCAGAUCUUGAUCAUGACCAGGCAUUGGCACAAGCCAUUAAAGAAGCCAAAGAGCAGCACCCUGACAUGUCUGUAACAAGAGUAGUGGUGCAUAAGGAAACAGAACUUGAAGAGGAAAGAGAAUAAGAAUUUUGAAGUAUGAUCUGUGACUAUGAAGAACUUCAGUCAUUCCAAGUCAGUGUCCCUGCCACUGUUUUCCUGAAUUCACCAGCCCACCAACGAUGGCCAGACUUCUCCAGAAUAAACUGCCAACACCAAACCUUUUGUUUUUCAUCCUUUACUAUCUACAUCUUUAUUUUUAUAACCAGUUCGUAACAUUCUUGGCUUUUUUAUGAGGUUAUAGAUGUAUUAUUUUUUUGCACAAUUCCCUGCCAUUUUUAUAUAACUGAUUUUUCUGAUUGCAUGAAAGUGAACAGAAAUAUUUAGUAAGCAUUGUUCACUUGAGCAAGAGUGAAAAGCAGAAAGAAGAAACAUUUUGCCUAAUUUAGAUGUAGCCUUUUCAGAAUUUUUCAAGUAAAGCCUCUUAGUGGAAUAACAGCUUUUCAGAUUAUUCAGGCAAUUAAAUAUCACAUAAUAUAAGAAAGAUACAUCUUUUUAUUAAGAAAAAAACCCUACAAAGCUUUCUUAUAACUUGGCAGGAAGAAUAAAUUAAGAUUUAUAUGGAUUUUAUACAAACUGUAACUUACUCUGUUCUCACGAUCCCCCAUUUUCUGAAGGGAACUGGUGCUGGUAUAAUAAGAGGGAGAGUUACAAAUAUGUUUCUGUUGACUGAGCACUGCUUUAGUAACCUUUAUGCACUUCACACCCUUUGUUCAAUCCCUUCAUAGACAUUUUGUGGUCAGCAACAUUCCAGACAAGAGUGGAAAGACUUCUGUCUUCCCUGCCAGCAAAGAUAAUCUAGGCAGCUUAAAACCUUAGUGCUUUCCUCAUAACUUGUUAAAUGUCAAACACUUUCAUUAUAUGAAUACAUGUGCAGAAUAUUUGCAUUGCAUUAAAAAACUCAUUGUCUCCCUGUUAUAACUGACACUUCCGUUGAUCAGUUGACUCUGUUUUAUGUACUUUGCUUAAUGACUUGCACAGGUUUUAAGAGCAUUGAGGGGCCACGGUGCAGUCUAGGGCCUAUUGUAAGUAGUAUGGAACCACCUUUUUAUAGGAUGAGGUUGUCACUGAGGAGCCUUGUAUGAAAACCUGUUAACUGUGGUGUCUGUUUCUCCCCACUGUUCACCUUAUGUAUAGUUAAGAUGCCAUAUUAAAUUUAUAGCAGCUUGAAGUUGUAUUAAGUGAUAUUUUGCUUUAUGUAAUACUAUUAUAAAAUAAAGUUUGUUUAUUCUCUA